ACAGUAGAGCAAAGCAAACCUUGCAAGACGGACAUCGAUCAUGUGUGACGAAAAUAUGCCAGGAACUCUAGACCGACACCUUAAACCUGUUCUCGAAGAACACUCUGAAGACGAGAGGAAAACAAGGUUUGGGCCUCUUAAGAAGGCAAUGAAUGCCUCCACCAAGUUAAGGUGUUCCUUGAGCAAGAGGGGUCGAAGGAGCAACAGAGUAAUGCCUGUCCCUAUUGAGGACAACAUUGAUGCAGAGGACUUACAGGCCGUGGAUGCAUUUCGCCAAGCACUUAUCUUGGAAGAAUUGCUGCCUUCAAAGCAUGAUGAUCAUCAUAUGAUGCUAAGAUUUUUAAGGGCCAGGAAAUUUGACAUUGAGCAAACGAAGAAAAUGUGGGCUGAUAUGCUCCAGUGGAGGAAGGAAUUUGGUGCUGACACUAUUAUGGAGGAUUUCGAGUUCAAGGAAAUUGAUGAAGUCGUGAAACACUAUCCACAAGGACAUCAUGGAGUUGACAAGGAUGGACGGCCUGUCUACAUUGAGAGACUUGGUCAAGUCGAUUCUACCAAACUGUUGCAAGUGACUACAAUGGACCGCUACGUGAAGUACCACAUACGGGAGUUUGAGAGGACCUUUGUGUGUAAAUUCCCUGCCUGUUCCAUUGCAGCAAAGAAGCACAUUGAUCAGAGCACCACUAUUCUGGAUGUACAAGGAGUGGGGCUUACAAGUUUAAACAAAUCUGCAAGGGAACUUAUCCAGUGCCUUCAGAAGGUUGAUGGUGACAAUUAUCCUGAGACCUUGAACCGUAUGUACAUCAUCAACGCUGGUUCUGGAUUUAGACUUUUAUGGAACACUGUGAAAUCUUUCCUUGACCCCAGGACAACCGGAAAAAUCCAUGUUCUGGGAAACAAAUACCAAAGCAAGUUGCUUGAAAUAAUUGAUUCUAGCGAGCUGCCAGAGUUUUUGGGUGGUAAGUGCACUUGUGCUGAUAAGGGUGGCUGUAUGCGUUCCGAUAAGGGCCCAUGGAAUGAUCCAGUCAUCACGAAGAUGGUUCAGAAUGGUGAGGCCAAAUGCAAAAGGACAGCUUUGUCAGGCAUUGAGAAGGCAGGCUCAAAGAGAUGUGAUUCUCUCAACUCAAAAACUGUUCCAGAGGCUGACAGGAAGUCUCAAGUGAAGCAGCAAAAUUUCUCUCCUUCACCUGAAGAAGUUGUAAUUACCAAAGAGUGCAAUAGGACCUAUGAGCACGAGGACUUUAUGCCAAUGGUUGAUAAGGCUAUGGAUACAACUUUCACUAAAUCAAUUCAAUGUGAUAAAAUUUCCCCAAACCAAGCUACAGAUAGCUUUCCUGUGCGUUACGCUUGCAGGGAUCUGGAAAGACUAAGCAAUCAAUUUGUUUCUGGAAUGAUGGUUUUUGUCAUGGGUAUUUUCACCGUGGUUCGAUUGGCACGAAACAUGCCUAAGAAACUGGCUGAGGUUGCCCACUAUGGAAGCCCUGUUUACUCCACUGGAAUGGUGAAUAAAGGCCACCAGUUGCCUGCACCAGCCAUCUCCAGCAAUGAGUACGUGACGAUAAUGAAGCGCAUGUCCGAAUUGGAGGAGAAAGUGAAUGUUCUCAGCACAAAACCGGCACUCAUGCCACCCGAGAAAGAGGAAAUGCUGAACACCACUCUCAACCGAAUCAACGUGUUGGAACAAGAUCUGUCAGAAACCAAGAAGGCACUUGAGGACGCCCUUGUUCGGCAAGAAGAGCUUGUAGCCUACCUUGACAAGAAUAAGAAGAAAAGGAAAUUUAGCCUAUUCUGUUGUUGGUGAGGUUUCCACGCAGGCGUUUUUCCAGCAAGGGGCUAGUUUGGUGGAUUCGUUGAUUCAGGUUUGCAUGGUUCGAGGGAGGGAUGAAGUGGAAAUUUAUUGUCUUUGUCAGGCUAUUUCCAAUGACAUGAAUUCUACCUUGCAUUGGAAAGCUUCAAGCAGUGGACUGAAAACUGGAAACCUCACCGCCUCGGUUUUUUUAUUUUCUUCUUAACAUCAAUGUAGACGCAGCUGUUAAGGAGGGAAGGUUGCACCGAGGGGUUGGUCAAAUGUUGUUAGCCAAGGCAAAACCAGAGCAGGAUACUUCUCACCAAACAUCAUGGAACAAAAGAACCUAUUUGAAACCAAUACAGUUUGCAAAAGAUGCAGGUUUUUGCGAUCCACAUGCUGAAUGCAGAAGAGGACUCUGGCUGCGAAGGGGUUUAGAUAAAAAUGCCAAUUAAACAAGUUUGUUGUGUCAAGAUCAUGCCAUACACUAUUCCGAUGUGUUUUAGUAUUCGUGUUUGCAUCGUCGUCUCAUUUUUGUGUUCAUAUCAAGUAAUCAAAAAUUAUAAUCUGUUCA